UACGCUUUGGUUCGCAUCUCCCUCCAUCAAUGAAGGCGCCGUCGGCGUGCUUGCUCGCAGAGUUCCGCGAAUGGUGGAAGCUGCAUGCACAGGUAGAGAAAGAUGCGUCCCAUGCAUACGAUCGGGACACUCGAGGCAAUCUACCUCUACAUUGGGCUGGCCGAGACCCUGAUGUGCCCGUCGCCGUGCUACACUUGCUCGUCGAUGCCUUCCCCGAUGGCCGUCGAGAAACGAACUAUGACGGUCAACUCCCGUUCCAAAUUGCCAUAGAACAUGGCCUUCCUCCCUCGCACAUUCAACUUCUAAAUGUCGACCAUGCCAACGACGUAGAUCCUGCAUGGUCCGUCGUCGAACGUUCUGAUCCAUCGGAACAUGUCACAGAGGGCGGCGCCACAGCCGACAACGGCGACCACCUCCAAUCCCUCGUCACUCAGCUCAAUGCUCUUCGGCGUUCGUUGCACGCCCAAGCCAAGAUCUACUCGCACUUGCGCAAACACAACUGGGCCGCGUCCACGUCCCCUGGUCCGUCGCCGUCGUCAAUUUCUUGUCAACCCGAUCCCCUCGGUCGAUACACGUUGACGUGGAAGCGGGGGGAUGUGGGCAUUCGAUUCUUCAACUCGUCGGUCGGGUGCCGCGUCGAGAAGCUGUCGCAAGGCCACGGCAUCACGGCUGGGAUCAUGAAUUGCCGCCUCGGGGAUGUUCUCGUCGCCAUCAAUGGCAAGAACAUGGAGAAACAUAGCGUCCGUGCGGUCAUGGAGUUCCUCCUGGGAUCGCCCAAGCCCGUGGUCCUGGAAUUUGUCGCUGGGGAUAACAUCACCAGUGAAAAUAGCCAAUCCGACAACGACGACGACAGCAUCGCAUGGUGCCAUUCACAGCACGAAAUGCACGACCAAGUGCUGCUUCUCGUCCAAGACACUAUCGCCAGAUGCGAGUCCGCGGUACUUCAUUCAGACCAUUCCGUCUGUCCUUAAGCCACACAUGUAACAAUAACAACCAAACCCCCACCUACGUAUUCCAAUAUACUAGUUCAAGUCAUC